CAUUUAGAAAGGACGCAAGGAGAAGCUCGAGGCAGCUGAGCUGAGCAGGAGACCAUGGCGCUCAGUCACAUCCUCCAGUCUCAUAUAAUGAGCGACCUGCUGACGAUCCGUGAGAAAGGCAUCCUCGUUCGUCUGCUGGAACCGCACUGCAAGUUGGUCAAAACUACGGUAGCCCAGAUACUCCAGGCCAGUGAUUCUGAGGGUGAGAGCCGGAGCUGGCAUCGUGUGGACUGCGGUGUGGUCUGCCUCGUCGAGGACACGUCUCUGCAGUCCUUCUUCCUGCGUCUCUACUGCGUCAAGCGUGCCAAGUUACUGUGGGAGCAGGAACUGUACAUUCCUUUCAAAUACGCUGCGAGUCGAGCAUACUUCCAUACUUUCCCUGGAGAAGUCCGCCAGGUCGGCCUCAACUUUGCAAACGAGUCCGAGGCCGAGGAGUUUCAGUCUGCAGUGGAGGAUGUUCAAGAAAAGAUGACAGCCAUGAUUGGGAAGACAAAAACUGAAGAAAAGAUCAUCUCAACAAGCAAGCCACUUGAUUUGAAGGAAGAAAAUGAGGAUAGUUUGUACGAAGAGCCAAGUUGCUUCCCACCGGUUCCAGCCUCUCCAACUUUGUUCUCAGGUCUGGAUCCUGAUAUGAAGAAACUGUUGAUGGAGGCAAGGCUGAGCGAGGAAGACCUUAAAAACAAAGACGUUGCUGAAGUUGUCGACUGCAUCAUUAACCAAUUUGGAGGACUGAAAGCUGUGCAAAAAGAGCUGAAGAAGAAAAGCACAGUUUCACAGACUUUACCGAGAUCUGCAGGGGCGUCCAUUUCCCUGGCUUUGCAGAAAGGACCCCUACCACCGGUGCCCUCAGCCCAAAACGCUGAGCAGACAACAGAUAACACAACCGGAACAGGUGACAGUCCUGCUGCUCCCGGACCUGGAAUAUUAAGAAGAAGUGCCAGUUUUAAAGAUGUGGGCUCGCCAGCAGAACUACAAAAAAGCGAUCUCAUCUUGAAAGCACUUAGAGAAGUAUUCAGUCAAAAGCAGAUGCUCCGGCAAACCUCAAGACAAUUUCAAGAUUAGGACUCAAGGAAGAAAAAAGAAAAACAUUGAGGAAGACAAGUAGACGGUGGAGCAGCAGAUGCAUUAAGAUACGCGAGUUUUGCAAUAUAUGAUUUUUGUUGUUCUCCAAAGUCAUUAAUGCAGCAGCCAGAAAGUUCUGGAGGUAACAGACUUGAAGUGAAAGUGAUGAUCACCUGCAACUCAGUAAACUUAAAUGUCUUUAAACUUAAAGAUCACCAGCAAGUUUCCAGAGAAGCUUUCAAAUAAAAACAUGCAGAAAUGAU